AAAGGGAAGGAAGCUGUUCACAGGGGCCUCUGUAAGGAGACUUGGAGUCGCUGCAGCCAAGUCUGGAGCCAUGAGACGGCCCCCUGGCAAUGGAGAGGCGGCCAGCAAAGGUCCAGGUGGCUGGGGUCUAUGGGGAGUCCAGGAGUCCAGGAGGCUGUGCUGUGCCGGUCACGACCGCUGCGGGCAGGCCUUGCUGCAGAUUGGGAUCAACAUGAUGGCACUGCCUGGAGGUCGCCACCUGGACUCCGUCACCCUGCCGGGUCAGCGGCUACACCUGAUGCAGGUGGACUCAGUCCAGCGCUGGAUGGAAGAUCUGAAGCUCAUGACCGAGUGCGAGUGCAUGUGUGUCCUGCAGGCCAAGCCCAUCAGCCUGGAAGAGGAUGCACAGGGUGACCUCAUCCUGGCAGGUGGCCCUGGCCCUGGAGACCCCCUGCAGCUGCUGCUCAAACGGGGUUGGGUCAUUAGCACAGAGCUGCGCAGGAUCGGGCAGAAGCUGGCCCAGGACCGCUGGGCACGGGUGCACAGCAUGAGCGUGCGUCUGACCUGCCACGCCCGCUCCAUGGUCAGCGAGUACAGUGCUGUCAGCAGGAACUCCUCGAAGGAAAUGGGCCAGAUUGAGAAGCUGCUAAUGGAGAAAUGCUCGGAGCUCUCAGCAGUCACAGAGAGGUGCCUUCAGGUUGAGAAUGAGCAUGUCCUGAAGUCAAUGAAGGCCUGCGUGAGUGAGACCCUGAGCACGCUGGGCCAGCACUUUGGCCAGCUGCUGGAGCUGGCCCUGACACGGGAGGUUCAGGCACUGGUGAGAAAAAUUGAUGCCUCAGACAAUAUCUACACCACAGAGUCCACCACAGGGAACCUGUUCAGCCUGACCCAGGAGGGGGCUCCCUUGUGCCGCAUCAUAGCCAAGGAGGGUGGGGUCGUAGCACUCUUCAAGGUUUGCCGGCAGGACAGUUUCCGGUGCUUGUACCCCCAGGCGCUCCGCACGCUGGCCUCCAUCUGCUGCGUGGAAGAGGGUGUCCACCAGCUGGAGAAGGUGGAUGGCGUUCUGUGCUUGGCCGACAUCCUGACCGACGACAGCCACUCAGAGGCCACACGGGCUGAGGCUGCGGCUGUGGUGGCCCAGGUCACCUCCCCACACCUGCCCGUCACCCAGCACCUCAGUAGCUUCCUGGAGAGCAUGGAGGAGAUCGUGACAGCCCUUGUCAAACUGUGCCAAGAGGCCUCAUCAGGGGAAGUCUUCCUACUGGCCUCUGCGGCCCUUGCCAACAUCACGUUCUUUGACACAAUGGCCUGCGAGAUGCUCCUGCAGCUGAAUGCCAUCCGUGUUCUCCUGGAAGCCUGCAGUGACAAGCAGAGAGUGGACACGCCUUACACUCGGGACCAGAUUGUGACCAUCUUGGCAAACAUGUCUGUCCUAGAACAGUGUGCCUCUGACAUCAUUCAGGAGAAUGGGGUCCAGCUUAUCAUGGGCAUGCUGUCUGAAAAACCAAGGUCUGGGACUCCUGCUGAAGUGGCAGCCUGUGAGCGAGUCCAGCAGAAAGCUGCAGUGACCCUGGCUCGUCUCAGCCGAGACCCAGAUGUAGCACGGGAGGCUGUGCGGCUCAGCUGCAUGUCCCGUCUCAUCGAGCUCUGCAGAUCCCCAUCAGAGAGGAACAGCAGUGACGCCGUGCUUGUGGCCUGCCUGGCUGCUCUGCGUAGAUUGGCUGGGGUCUGCCCUGAAGGCCUCCAGGACUCUGACUUUCAGCAGUUGGUCCAGCCUCGGCUGGUGGACUCCUUCUUACUCUGCAGCAACAUGGAGGAGAGUUUUGUGUAGUGAGUGUGGGAGAAGAAAUACAUUUGGCUGUUCUCACACCCCCUCUGACUACGCACCAGUGAACACAUCUGAGUACACACCAGCUCUCCUCAUCUUCUUAUUUAUACUUAACUUAUUUUUGUGUGAAAUAAAUGGAGGGCGAAAUCUUAGAGCAACAUCAUCAAACAGUCUGUGGUCCUUGGGAAUCUUCUUUGUGUUUUAUUUUUUGAUUUCUGUAGCUUUUCAGUUGCAGAUGUUGAAAUUUGUAAUGACCAAUAUGACAAAUUGCCAUGGGUGAUUCCACUUCAUCUUAUUUUUUCUACUCUCACUAUACAAUCUUGCCUCAUUUUUUAAAACUUUGGAACCAGAGGAUUUCAACUGCCUAGCAAGUUUUUUUUUUAAGUUGGAUUUGCUCUUCCCAAAAAUCUAAAAUGAAUUUAAUAAUUGGGUAGAAUAUAUUGGAAAGAAGUUUCUUUUUCUUUAAUAAAUGGAAUCAUAUAAAAUGUAUCCUGGAUUUUCUUAUUAAAUUGUAUUUUAAACUAA